CCAUCGCGACCGCAACGCAGCGUUGGCGUCGUGCAACACCUUUCAUUGUAUUGACUAUUGACUGAUUCCGAACACAGAGAAUAAUGUAUAAAUCUAAUUUAUCGUUUUAUUGUCUUAGUUCUUGUUAAAUUUUAUUGUAGUAUAUAUUAGUAUAAGUGUAAUUAUGUCCCCAUUUACGUAAAUGUGAAAUAAUACAGCCCAUUGAGUGUUACGCGGCCAUUUUACUUGCAAUGCGGCAACGGUGUACGAUCCGCCAUUGGAAACGACUAGUGUCUUUUUCUGAGGGCAGUAUUUGUAAUUCGUCGAAUUACAAGGCAUAAAAACAAGGUAUACAAUGUGUGAUAAAAGUGUAGUGCGGACUUUAGUGUAGUGAAGCACGGUGGUCGGGUGUUUCGAAUAAUGUGCGAACGAUGGAAAACGAAGUGAAGCAGCGCAAUCAAAGAAAUAGGCGAAGGGAGCGGGCGCAGCGCAUGCAAGCACAGCGAGAGAGCAAAGUUAAGGAUGGGGACAGCGGCGAGGACGAGUCUCCGGCGAGAGAGAAGCCGCCUCGUCCUCCAGCCAGGAGAAAGAAGUCGAAGGAGCCGCUCGGGGAAGAAGAUAUCAUUGAUGGUUUCGCCAUAAUGGCAUUUCGCACCUAUGAAGAUCUUGAGGCUGCUGUAAAAUGCGCUUCUUCACCUCGUACCAACGCGUUGUCGACCAAGCCGCGACUACCGCUCGCUGCGUUGGCCGGCGACGCGCCCCGGAACCACCCACCAAACAAUGUGAACUCACACGGUAUAACGCUGCUUCAAGACGCUGGCACGUCGGAUGACAGUGGAAGGGCAUCUGAACGGCUCACGGGCAGCUCAUUGGCGCCACGCGACCCCGAUUCCUCGCGCGACCGUCUUAGUGACGCCAGUAGCCGCUGUAGUUCCGGAAAAGGCUAUAUCUGUGAUAGUGAAGGCGACGACGACAAGGCGAGUCCAGAAAACAGUAGAAAUGCUUCACCAAGAUAUCACGAUGUAUCAAUGGAUGAUGCAUCGGACGCCGGCUCUCUGUUCCGGAUGACGGGCGCGGGCGCGGGUGCGGGAGGGAAGAAUGAACUGGUGGCGCUUCAAAGACGUUAG